AAGUAGGAGUAAAUAGCAGUAAUAACAGUGUACUGAGUCAGCUCCUUCUCGUCGUCAAAGUUUUCAGCUUAUAAAUAGUUGAGAGCUUCUUUCCUUUUUUUGAGUCGGUGCGCUGAUAGAUUGCCCAAAAACUGAAAUUGAAGAAGACCACCAUCAAGAAGGAAACAGACAGACAAAGUCAUGUCUCACAUAGCUGUGGAGAGAAACAGGAGAAGGCAGAUGAAUGAACAUCUCAAGGUCUUGCGUUCCUUAACCCCAUGCUUCUACAUCAAACGAGGGGAUCAAGCGUCCAUCAUAGGCGGCGUAAUAGAAUUCAUCAAGGAACUGCAACAAGUCUUACAAUCCUUGGAGUCAAACAAGAGGAGGAAGAGUCUAAGCCCUAGCCCUAGCCCUAGCCCAAGACAGCUCCAGCUGAUCAACACGCCGCCGCCGGCCCCCGAUAGUCCCUUCAGUUUCGAGAGCACCGCUGCUAAUAAGGAAUUAGGAGUGUGCUGCAACUCCUCAGCUGCCGAUGUCGAGGCGAAGAUCUCGGGGCCGAAUGUGCUGCUGAAGGUAAUCGCUCGGAAGAUACCGGGCCAAAUCUUGAAAAUAAUUAGCGUCCUUGAGAAACUCUCAUUUCAGAUUAUUCAUCUCAACAUCAGCAGCAUGGAAGACACGGUUCUGUACUCCUUCGUCGUUAAGAUAGGGCUUGAAUGUCGCCUAAGCUUGGAGGAACUAGCUCUGGAAGUUCAACGAAGCUUCUCUUUGAAUCCCUUGUGUAUUGCAGAAGCGUAAGUUCUUUCAUAGGAAUUCGAUAUGGCCUUGCGUUUAGAAAACCUAAUCAUCUCAUAAAAAAGGAGGAGGAUUUAAAUGUUCCCUCUUGAAAUAAUUCGGGUUACCUUAAAUAUAUUACUCAAGUUAAGUUUUGUCUAAUCUGCUGAGCUCUUUAAUUUGCAUUGUUCUCACAUAUGAUCUUCAGGGCUUGUC